AUGUAUAACUACUCUGUGGCGAUUAACGAUGAAUACUGCAAAAUUAUGUUCCCUGGAGCAUUCCAUCCAGCAUUCCAGCUUGUCAAGGUCUAUCACAUCCUUCUGUCAAUAGUAUCCAUGUUUUCCAUAACUUAUUUCUUUGUCAACUAUAACAAUCAGUUAGCAUUUCAUUUCAAUAUUAAGAUCUUGUUUUACUAUCAAUUCUUAACAUGCUUCACACAAUCCACCACUUUAGCCAUCUCACAGGUCAUUGUUCCAGCACUAACUUGUCUUUACAUGUAUUAUGAUGAUGAGUUUAAUUAUCCACAAAUGAGUGCAAUGGCAACAUCUCCUUAUAGCCUUGUCAAAAUAAACUACAUUUUCAUCUCUGUCAACGUAAUGAAUUUUAUCACAUUGAUGCAUUCUAUCGGGCUCUAUCGACAUAAUCAACGGAAGAUCAACGUAGUAAAAAACCGAGACCAAUUCAUCCUCUCCUCUCGUUUCCAAAUGAAUGAGAACAUCAUCUCGUCAAGAUUACUCUGGUGGUUAUCCACAGCUCAACUCAUCAUUUUCCUAUCCUAUGGAUGUUUAAUGUACAGUCUUCGAAUAUUCUUAACAGGCCCAAGAAGUGCCGUUUGGCAAGCUGUAACGGAGUUAUGUUAUACACCUCCCCUUUAUUGUGCAAUAAUGCCAAUAAUUUGUAUAAUUAGCGCUCAAAACUCAUUGAAGGAGCGUAACUCGAAAAUUCAGUCAUUGAUUACGUUGAGAUCCGUCGGAAAGGAGGGAUGGGAUAACUAUCAGGGCAUGCUUCAGAAGCAAUGGGCGUGA